AUGGCAUGGGUGUCGUGGAAAGAUCUGUGUAAAUCUAAGGAAAGUGGAGGGCUAGGAUUUCGUGAUUUGCGGUCUUUUAAUAUCGCACUUCUCACGAAACAGGCCUGGCGAAUUCUAGCUAAUCCAGACCUGCUCUUGUCAAGAAUUAUGGCAGCCAAGUACUUUCCCAAUGGAAAUUUUCUGUUCGCCGGAGUUGGUUCACGCCCAUCCACAACCUGGAGAUCCAUUUGGAGGGUUAUCCCAUAUCUGAAAAUGGGAAUCCGACGGCGUAUUGGUAAUGGGGCUAAUACCUCGAUAUGGGCCGAUCCUUGGCUAUAUGAUGGGGGCAAUUUCAAAAUUCUUACCAAACGUCCGGUCUCGUCGGCUUUCCCAAAUACAGUCUCGGAUUUAAUGGUGCCUGGGUUUGGUUCGUGGAAUUUGGACUUGAUAUCACGCACUUUUUGGACAGUUGAUGUGGAGCGCAUUCUUGCGAUUCCGGUGGGUGGUCUGUCCACAAGCGAUAUCUGGAUUUGGCAUCAUUCAAACAACGGGAAAUUCUCAGUACGAACAUGCUAUCACAUGGUGCUGACCAAUGGAAUGGUGACUCGACACAAUCGCAUGGCCAAUGCUGACUCGACUAGUGGCGUGGCGAACCGUGAUUGGAAGGUGUUAUGGAAUUUUCCUUUGCCGCCUAAGAUACGAAUGUUUUUAUGGCGACUGGGAAAAAACUCUAUCCCCACUAACGUUGAACUCUACAGAAGAAAGAUCGGAUUAUCACCUAGGUGUGCGCGAUGCCACAAGGAGGAGGAGGAGGAUGCACUACACAUAUUGACUACAUGUCAAGGUAUGGAAACCAUUUGGAGAUCCCCUCCAUUUGACAAAGUCUCUGGCCCGGUAAUCACGUGUGCAUGGCAGUGGAUUAUGAACUUAAGGGAACAAUUGUGCGAGGAGUUUUUCAUUUUGGCUAUGGUGGUCGCUUGGCAAGCUUGGGACAGACGCAAUAAGGAACUUAAAGGGGAGGAAAUAAUGGCGGUUGAGGCCCUGGUGGGCUGGUGCGGAAAUUAUGUGGCGAACUUCAAAUGUGCUCAACUUCGUCCGAAUCCAAGCUUACGUAGUGCCCACCCUACUGAAUGGAAACCACCAGAAAGGGACUUCGUUAAACUGAACUUCGAUGUUGCAACUAAAUCUGCUCCUGCCGGAAUUACAGUGGCAGCGGUUGCUAGAAAUGCGGAGGGUCGCAGCUUGGGAUGGAAGGUUUGUCAUAUUCAGGGCAAUCUUUUGCCGGUGGAAGGAGAAGCUUUAGCGGCGUUGCAUGCAAUCAACUUAGCUCAGGAUCGAAGUUGGCAAAGGAUUAGUAUCGAGGGAGAUUGUCUUCAAGUUAUUAAUGCACUGAGGAAUAGAAGUGGAGAGUCAUUAUCGUUCGGUGCUAUAGUCGAUGAAUGCUGUAGUAUCUCUAGGAAUUUUUUACAGUGUGAUUUUAGCUUUGUUAAGCGGUCGGGUAAUAGCUUAGCCCACGCGCUCGCUCAUGUUAUUUGUACUGACUCGUUAGAGGGAAUUGAUCUCCCCCUCCAUUUGGCAUCUACUGCCUAA